GUUGUACACGUGCCAAACUGGGGAGCUACUCACUUCUUAUUAAAGUAUCUGCACUGACUCGUUGUUUUGAAUUUAAAACAUGGCAGCACAGUUUACAGAACAACGUUUUCAGCAAGGCUUGAAAUUAACUAUUAGUGUUUUUGCUUGUUUAAUGCUGAUUUAUGCACUCUACGGUAUAGGUCCAUGGAAAAAUAAUACAUUGCAGCCAUGGAUCAGGAAUCAGUACCUACCCAUUUCAAGUGCAGAAAGGAAUGUUCAAAUACCAUCUGUAACCUGUGACGUUAUGAUGAAUAUCGUAACAAGCUUUCCAGAUUCAUUGGCAAACGAAACAUACCUUGCCAGUAGAGGAUACGCACAUGAGAACACGACGAAGAGACGCAACAGACAUAUUGAAUACCUGUAUACCUUAAAAAAGAACACUGAACACCCGUGUGUUGAGCAGAUACAUUUGUUAGUGGAAUCAGGCAGCGUCAAAGAAUCCAUAAAAUCUCAAACAUUGAUCCCAAUAAACCUAUCACGUGUCGAUAAACUUCUCACGUUUUCAGAGAUAAGGGAGAGACCAACUAUGAAAAUGCUUGCCGAAUACGCAUCCGAGAACCUAAUAGGCAAGGUAGUGGCGUUUCAAAACGCUGAUAUAAUAGUCGGUGAAGGAUUUGAAAAUGUUAAAAUGCAAUACCUGAAAGACAUGAGAAUUUUCUAUUCACUCAGUAGACAAGGAGCAAUGGACGCAACUUCUUGCCAGUUGAGGAACUAUUGUGACAAUUAUAAUGGAGCUCACGAUACGUACAUGCUUUACUUAGGCACUCCUUUUACUCCAAAGGCAAUGUCCCUAUUGGAUUUCCCCAUGAACGCCCAUGGAGCGGAAAAUGUCCUUAUAGAUCAUGGGAAAGCAGGUGUAUCUACACGCAAGCCUCUCUCUGUAAACAAACGUCAAAGAAGCAUGGAUUCACUUUUUGCAGACUGUGCUAUGAAAACAAGCAGUGCGGAUAUCAUGUGCCUAAGAAGCUAUAUGGUGACCCCCAGUGGCCCUCAGAAGCUAUAUGAUGGCCCCCAGAAGCUAAUUAGUGGACCCCAGGAGCUAUACGGUGGCACCCAGAAGCUAUACAGGGAACCCCAGUGGCCCCAAGAAGCUAUACAGCAGCCCCCAGAAGCUACACGAUGGCCCCCAGAAUCUAUAUGA